GUGAACCUGAGGUUCACUUGAGGAACCCCAAAUUCAAAGAAUCUUUCACAAAAGUCAGAUGUGAAACUUGGAUCAGAAAGUAACACUUAAAGCAGCUAAAAGAAAAUGCAAGGAUUGAGAUAUCUGGUCCUUCUGGUGUGUAUCAGUUUUACCGCCUUGGUUGGGAUUUGUAAGGGGAAAUCUUUAGGUGAAAUUCCCUAUUUCGAAGAUGCAAGGUUUAUAGAGCAAGACCUUGAAGAAGAAGUCAACAAUAAUGACAAGUUGGAAAGCUUUUUAGGGUUAAUGAAGGAAGAUUUUUUGAAGAAGUUGAAUUUAUCAGGUGUGCCGCAGGAGAACAGGAAAGUUCGGCCUCCUCAGUACAUGAUGGACAUCUAUAAUAAGUAUGCAGCUGAUAAAACUUCAAUGCCUCGGUCUGAUGUCAUUCGAAGCUUCAUCAUACAGGAUGUGACUUAUUCUGUCAGACAUGGCAACAAAACACAACACAGACUUCUAUUCAACGUUUCCAUCCCAAGUCAUGAAAAAAUUUCAUUAGUGCAACUCAGGCUGUUCACUCUCUGGGAUGGUGUUAAAACCUCCUACAAUGACUUUCUCGCCUCCGUUAAUGUUUUUUACGUACAAAAUGUACAGAACACAAACAUUUUACAUUUUCUGGAUGGGAGGGAUGUUACUGAGGCAAUAAACACAUGGGAGGCAUUUGAUGUGACCACGGCUGUGAGGAGCUGGCAUGAAUCUGGACAAGGAGCAGGUGAACUCCAGGUGGAGCUGGAACAAGACAGCGAUUCCCUUAAAGAUGGAUGGCUUGAUAUAAGUAUUGGUUUAGAGGACAACACCUCAGCUGUUUUAAUCGUUUUUUCAGACGAUCUAGAGAACAGAAAGGCCGAAUCAAUGAAUGAGGUAAUGGAGAUGCUUCUACGUGAAAAAGAGGCAGAAUUUUUGGACGAUUAUGUUCAUGUGGACCAGCAUCCCAGGAGAAAAAGGAAAGCGAAGAACAAUUACUGUCACAGAACAUCGCUGAAGGUGAUUUUUAAAGACAUCGGUUGGGAUAAAUGGAUUGUUGCCCCACCCGAAUAUGAGGCUUACGAAUGCAAAGGGGUGUGCAGUUAUCCGCUGACGGAUGAUCUAACCCCCUCCAAACAUGCCAUCAUCCAAACUUUGGUUAAUUUGAAUGAUCCGAAAAAGGCAAACAAGGCAUGUUGUGUCCCAACUAAGCUGGACCCAAUUACUGUUAUGUACCAAGAGAAAGGUGUGGUCACAGUCCGACAGCUCUUUAAGGACAUGAAAGUGGCGGAGUGUGGGUGUAGGUAAUGUUUGGCUGCAUGGUACAGGCUUUGUGUAAAAAAUGUUUUAUAGCAUUUUUUAUUUCAUCAUUAAUAUUUGUUAACAAAAAUGUCUAAAAUCAAUAAUUUUACAUCAGUAUCCAUACCAUGCUGUAUGUUGUAUUUAAUUUAUGCUGAAUUUUAUUUAAGAUACCAGAGCAGUUUGGGGGAUUUCACAGCAUCAGGGGUUUUUGUUUUGGAUUUAAAAGGAAAACACCACAGUUUUUCAAUAUUUUACUGUGUUCUUACCUCAACUUUGAUGAAUUAUUACAUCCCUUUUUUUUCAAUGCGUGCACUUAAUCUUUGUACAGCGCGUUGUGAAUGUGUUAGCAUUUAGCCUAGCCCCAUUAAUUCCUUAGGAUCUAAUUAGGGAUGAAUUUAGAAGCCACCGAACUCUCGGAGGACUCGAUGCUUAAAAAGCUCUCACAUACAUAGCUAGAUGUGUCUGUGUUGCUAUUUUUGUGUAGCCUUACAUCACAAUAAAAAUAUUUUGAAGCGUUUUGAAAUUAGUAGGGGUGCUGGAACAGACUUGACAUCCUAUCAAGCCAUAUCUAUGUCUAUAUUAAACAAAUAUACUACGAUUAACAUGGGUGCUUGAGAGAAAACAUGUUAACUAUUGCCAAGAGGUCAAAGCCCUUGUAGUGCCAUAUACAGUAGAUCCUCCAAUGCUGUGCACUGUAUAAUGUAUGUAUGUAUAAAUAUUUAAAUUUUAUCUCAUUUAUUUUAUUUUUUACAAACAAAUUCUAAGUAUUCCAAUAAUGUGAUCAGCUUGUAAGCUCAUAAGUUGCAAGAUUUUAAAAUAAUAAACAUACCCUAUGCUUAACAAACACGGCUAUUCACUGUACUGCUUUGGCUGUAAUGAAUGAAUAUUUAAUUUACAGUUUGUUUAGAUCAAAAACUAUUUUUUUCAAGCACAGUGUCCACAACUACACUUUUUGUUUUGCAUUUCCUCCUAUCGGACAUUCUAGACAACACUCCAGACAUCUUAAGAAAAGAUUUCCUGCUCCUGAUUGGCCACAUGAAAUCAGCAGACAGAAUUGCAUAAGACGCUUUAAAAGAUAAAGCAAGAUUAGCAGUGUAGCACCAAUAAGCAUUUAGUGAGUGUUGUGUUAUAUAUAAUUUUAUCCUGUUGUGACCAUGGCCUCUAAAUUCAAAGUAAUCUUUCAUACAUUUUCAUUAAAGGGAUAGUUCAAUGACAGUUUA